AUGAUGCUGAAAGUCGUUCUGGGGAUAAUUUUUGCUGCUAGCUUUAGCUCGGGUGCUGAAGGCCGCGAGGCAAAGGUGCUACUUAAGGUGACGGACAACAAAACCUACGAGCUCGUCGAAGAUGUUUUGAAAGAAUUGACAGAAAUCGAGCGCCCAAUUCGAGUCUUAGCCGCCGUCGGAAACGCAAGGGUUGGAAAAUCUACCACGUUAAACCUCAUAAAUCACAUCUGGGAUGGAAGGGAGAAGGGACAUUCGGUUGAAGAGAUUUUUAAAACCGGUGAUUCGUCCGAACAAGUAACGCGAAAUGUAUGGGCACACACGAUUCAUCGACUACGCGAAGACGGUGGAAGCAUUGUUCUUCUGGACGUGGAAGGCUUUGACUUAGGGGAUGAUAAGGUAACAGAGCAUCUUAGUAUGUUUACGGCUAUGAUGUCGUCUUGUUUGACCCUGUUUGCCAAUGAUUAUCUGGGAAAUAACGAUAGAAACUUUCUUUAUUACAUAUCUCGCUUGAGUGACUUGGUAUUCUCAAACAGCUUGGCUGGCCUGCGAAAUUUUCCGACGCUUCAUAUCGUCAUACGAGGCAAUCUGAAAUAUCCCGAAGAUAUCGAAAGUUAUAUUCGUGAUAAAUUCUUUAGGCCAAACCAUGAUAAGAAUAUCCAAGGUAUGGUAGAUACUAUUGAAAGAUACUUUAAAAGGGAUGGCAUUACAGUUAGCCAAAUUCCAAAUGUCAACGAACCUGAGAUAUUGCAAGACACUGCCAAACUACGCAACAAGUCUUUUUGGAACAGUGUCGAAAAACUAAUGGCCAAAUUGCAGAAUUGUCCAAAAAAGAAAUUUGCCAUUGGAGGAAGCCCAAUGGACGGCCAAGCCUUAGUGGACCUUGCAAACGACGUUGUGAAAGCUAUGAACGAAAACUCGUGGGCAGAAUUCGGAGAUGUUUAUUUUAACAAUGAAAAGGGCAUCUGUCAAAGAAGCUACGAAAAACACUUGAGACCAGUUUUACAGUUUGAUUCGAAAGGAAUUGUAGACUAUAUGAUGGAAGCAAUAGAAAACUUCAGAACUGAUUGCAAGCUUGAAAGUGAGAUAAAGAGUGCCAGGGAGGAAUUAAAGAAGACCCUCAAUGAAAAAAGAAAACAAGAAGAAGAGAGAAGGAAACAGGAGGAAGCAGAAGAAAGAAGAAGAAAAGAAGAGGAAGAGCGAAGAAAUAAGGAAAAUUGGUACUCUUAUGGCUGGUAUGUAGCCGGCUUGUUAGGCGGGUACUUGGUCCUCUUUAGCGAUGAAAAUCUAAAAAGCAACGUGACAGUUCUGCUUUAUUCCAUUUACAACGACAUUGGACUGACUGGAGUCUGCUGGAAAUGGAACGACAACGCACAACAGAAGUUCGGUCUCACAGGGGAGGCCUGCGGAGUGAUUGCACAGCAAGUUCAAAAGCUGUAUCCUGAGGCUGUUUUAGUGGGAGAAGAUGGCUUCCUUCAAGUGCGAUAUGGAAUACUUCAUAAGAUGAUUAACCACGUUAGAGACAAGCGCUGUUAG